AAUUAACUGAUAUCUGUGGCGAUUUCAAUCACUCGAGAGAAACAAUUGCAUUCAUAUUACGUCAUAUUAACAGUGUCAACGAAUUUUGAACGGUGAAGAUGAUGCUGGCUAGAGUUUGCCGAGUUGGUGCAUCACCAGCUUUGGCCAGCUUUUUGAAAAGUCCAGUUGCUUCGAAACCCCUUAUUUCGAGGAUUCAGUGUUCGAGAUUGUUCGCUAGCGAUGGACGUAAUGCAUAUACAAGAACUGCUCGCCGAUCUGUCCCUAUUAAGGAGCAAAUAAUUGCUCCUGCUGGAGAAACAGCUUUUAACAUUGGAAAAGGUGCUGUUGCGGGUGGUGCUGUAGUAGGAUUGGGUGCUUUGUGUUACUAUGGAUUAGGUUUUUCAUCAUCUGCGGGUGCUAUAGAUUAUGCUGGAUUAUGGCCCGAAUAUGUGAAAGACCGAAUUAAAUCAACAUACAUGUACUUUGGUGCAUCUAUAGCAGCCAGUGCAGCAUCUGCUGCUGUUUGUUUACGUUCACAAGCUGUUAUGAAUAUGGUUAUGCGCCAAGGCUGGAUUGCUUUAGGCGCGAGCAUGGUAGCAAUGAUUGGCAGUGGAAUGCUAGCCCAAAGUAUUCCUUAUAAAGAAGGUUUUGGGCCAAAACAAAUGGCAUGGCUAGUCCAUACUGGUAUUAUUGGUGCAGUUCUUGCACCUCUGUAUUUAUUGGGAGGGCCUUUGGUACUUAGAGCAGGAUGGUACACCGCUGGAAUAGUUGGUGGUUUGUCAACAGUAGCUGUUUGUGCACCAAGUGAACAGUUCCUAAAAAUGGGAGGACCACUAGCAAUUGGCUUGGGAGUUGUGUUUGCAAGUUCUGUGGGUUCAAUGUUUUUGCCACCAACUACAGUUCUUGGAUCUGGUUUACAUUCGAUGGCUCUGUAUGGUGGUUUACUUCUGUUUUCCAUGUUCCUUUUGUAUGAUACACAGAGAAUUAUUAAACAGGCACAGAUGCAUCCAAAAUACGGACAUGACAUGAGGCCAUAUGAUCCAAUCAAUAACGCAAUCUCUAUUUACCUGGAUACUUUGAAUAUAUUUAUAAGAGUCCUCACGAUAUUGUCAGGUGGAGGCAAUAGGCGAAAGUAAGAUUAGCAAAGUUUCUUAAUGAGAAUGUUACCAAAUUACGAAGUCUUAAUUUACCAUCACGUCUAAAGACAGCGGUACUCUUAAUGUAAUAAUAUGAUAAAUAAAUAAGUUUCAUGAUAGUAAUAUAUUUUAUAUCAUAGUUAACGUGUAGUAUACUGUAAGUUAUCAGUUUAUUUAAAAUAAAAUAUA